GGGGGCGGGGAGAAGACUACCGGGAGGGUGAAGUGGGAGGGAAGCGGGGCGAAGUUCAAGGUCCGGGAAGUUGGGGCCUUGCUGAGGGUCCCCGUGGAGAAGGCUGCGCUCCUCGAGAAGAGGGAAGGUCCUGGGAGCCAGAGCGGGCGCGGGAGCCGUGGGCCUGCCCCCACCAGAUAUUCCCUUGUUGAAGGAAGGUAAGGCACAGAGAAGUGAGGCCACACUGCUGAAAAUACUCCUUUUAGAGCAUCUCCUGGUACCCUCAGAAAUGUCUUCUUUAAGUGGCAAAGUCCAGACUGUUUUGGGACUACUGGAGCCAAGCAAACUGGGCCGCACCCUGACCCAUGAGCAUUUGACAAUGACCUUUGACUGCUGUUACUGCCCACCUCCUCCACCUCACGAAGCUAUCUCGAAGGAACCUAUUAUAAUGAAAAAUUUGUUUUGGAUUCGGAAAAACCCUUAUUCCCAUAAAGAGAAUCUUCAGUUGAAUCAGGAGACGGAAGCCAUCAAAGAAGAAUUGUUGUAUUUUAAAGCCAGCGGUGGAGGGGCCAUGGUGGAGAACACGACCACAGGGAUUUGCCGGGACGUGCAGACUUUGAAGUGGCUCGCAGAGGAGACGGGUGUCCACAUCGUAGCAGGCGCUGGGUUUUAUGUGGAUGCAACUCACUCUUCAGAGACCAGAGCCAUGUCCGUGGAGCAGCUUACUGAUGUCCUCAUUAAUGAAAUUCUCCACGGAGCGGAUGGCACCAGCAUCAAGUGUGGUGUUAUUGGAGAAAUUGGUUGCUCCUGGCCUCUGACUGAGAGCGAGAGGAAGGUACUUCACGCAACUGCUCAUGCCCAGGCUCAGCUUGGCUGUCCUGUUAUCAUUCAUCCUGGAAAGAAUCCAAGUGCACCCUUUCAGAUUAUCCGAAUAUUACAAGAAGUAGGUAUGGACAUCUCCAAAACAGUUAUGUCGCAUCUUGAUAGGACUAUACUUGAUAAGAAGGAACUACUGGAGUUUGCUCAACUUGGCUGUUACUUGGAAUAUGAUCUCUUUGGUAAUGAAUUCCUUAAUUACCAAUUGAACCCGGAUAUUGACAUGCCCGAUGAUAAUAAAAGAAUUAGAAGGGUGCGCCUUCUGGUGGAUGAAGGCUACGAAGACCGAAUUCUGAUGGCCCAUGACAUACACACAAAGCAUCGGCUGAUGAAAUAUGGAGGCCACGGCUAUUCUCAUAUACUCACCAACAUUGUUCCUAAAAUGUUGCUUAGAGGUAUCAACAAGAAUGCACUUGAUAAGAUACUAAUAGAGAACCCUCAGCAAUGGCUAACUUUCCAAUAAGGUGGUCAUAAAUUCACACCUUGAAUAUAAAGCUUACAGAGAACAUUCAGUGAUCUCAAACCGACUCAGAUGUUAAUUAAUCAGAGCUAUAUAGAACUAAUAAUGGGUCAUUACCUUUUUGUGAGAAUUAGAAGCGUUUUGCCUUCUCAGAAACUGGCUAUUACAUCUGCACCUUUAAGGAGUCCUUGAGCCUCAUUGAGCCCUAGUACUUUGCCUUAACAAAUAAUCACAGAAGCACCUGCUUCCAAACAAUGAGUUACAGUCUAAAUCCCUUUAGUGAAGUCUUGUUUUGUUUUCUUAAUCUAUCAGCUGCCCUUCUUGAGAAUUUAAAGUGUUUUGAGUUAAAUUACCCCCUUCUGGAGCAAUCCAAUGUUUCUUGUAAUAUUGAUGAUCCUACUAAUUAUCCUGCUGUUCUUUAAUUAAUGCCUAAUGAGUAAGAUGGCACUUUAAAAUAGCUUCUUCAGCAAGAGAAGUGAAGUUUUGAGAUUUUUUUUCAAUAGAUACUGUAAGACAAUUACCAAUUUACAAUGGUAAAAAUAUUGUGGAAGGAUAAUUAUAUGCCGUCUACCUAUCUGUAUAUACUUACCAUAAAUCAAUUGUGCUGCCUGUGCCUUUCUGGCAUCCAUUUUUGCUAUAAAUUUUUGUUGUGCUUUGAAAAAUUUGUAUAAGGGGGCAUGAACACAUAACAUAAUACUGAAUUACAAAAAUUCAAUCAUAAAAGUCAGAAUAUAUUACAUAAUAUACUUUAAUGAAUCAUUACAUUUAUAAUAACAAAGGCCACAAUUUAAUCAAUUAAUCAUGUGUAAUGCAAAAAAAGAGAAAUGUUUGCCAUAUAUGUAUAUAUAUAUAUAUAGUCCCUUUAUUUUCUAUACCUUU